UAGAUUAUUAUUAUUUUUGUCUGUUAGCGUGUAGGUAUACAAUCGUUUCUGUUCAUAGUUUAGUUACGGGUUUACAAUCAUCCCGAAUUUGUUUGCCUUUACAAAGAAUGUAAUAGGAUAUUAUUUUUGAAUACUUACAACCCAAAAAUCUUCCGUAAUUAGUUAAUGCGAAAAUUUGUUUUUACAUCAGAAUUUAUGCAAUGAAACACAUUUAUAAUAUCAACAACAUGCUGGACAACAAUGAUGAAGAUUCGUCGUGCUCUUGCAAGUGGGAAAAUUGUGAUUUGUACAUGAAUAAAACAGAACUGCCAAAACAUGUAAUAAACCACAUUGCCCCAGAAUCCCAAGGGUUAUUCUACUGCAAAUGGAAAAGUUGUACGAGAGGAGACCGAGCUUUUAACGCCAAAUUCAUUUUUAGGUACAAGAUAUUAGUCCACAUACGCACCCAUACAAAUGACAAGCCGCAUCAAUGCCAUAUAUGCGGUAAAAGCUUUACGCGGGCUGAAAAUUUGAAGAUUCAUGCUCGUUCGCACACAGGUGAGAAACCAUACAUUUGUUCAGUGAAUGGAUGCAACAAGGCAUAUUCCAAUACGAGCGAUCGCUUCAAGCACACCCGAACGCACUUCAUCGAAAAACCAUAUGCUUGUCGAGUGGAAAGCUGUUUGAAAAGAUACACUGACCCCAGCUCCUUGAGAAAACAUGCUAAAAGUCAUAAUCAUCAAGUAAAGGUGGUAUUAACACAAGAUACGAAUCCAUGUUGUUCUUCGUCAGUUUUCAUAACUCCUACUUGUUCUGCGUAUUCCAUUUCCAACGUUAUUGACCAACCACUCGAUCUAUCAAUUCGUUGGAAAAAAUAAUUGUACUAUUAAGUAGUGUUUAAUGUUUUAGUGCAAAUUAUAAUUAGUCAACUACAUACUCGU